GGACUCUUACUACGGGCGGUGAGUUCGACGGUUCAAAAUAGAGAUACCUCACCAUUCUUGUGACGAGGCGCUUGCCGGUAGGUCGUGUGCCGUCUGUGAGAAGUCCACUUCGCCGCAUCAUUUCCACUCUUUCACCUUACACUGAGGACAAGAUGGCGAUGUUACAGGUCGUGUCGCUGCUGACUCUGGCCGCCCUUGCAGCCGCACAGUGCCCGGACGACUUCACGGCGUUUGGCAACAACGCCUGCUACAUGCCCGUGGCACAGAAGCUGCCCUGGCACGAGGCAGAGCAGUUCUGUAACGCCUACUCGUCGUGCGCCAGCAGCGGGUUGGGCAACCUGGUCUCCAUCCACACGGAGCAGGAGAACCGCUUCGUGCACAUGUUGUACAACACGCUGGUCUUCAAUACGCCGGAGAACUUCUGGAUCGGCUACAAUGACCGGCGGACAGAGGGUCAGUUCGAGUGGAGCGACGGUUGGACCUACCCACCGGGUACCACUCCCUUCAGCAAGUGGUUCACUCCACCAGGCGCCUUCAGCAACGAAGACUGUGUGUCCAUGGACGGGUCAAGUACGGUGCCUGGACGGCAGCCUCAGCCUGGAAGAAAUCCUGAAAUGUGGCAAUUGCGUGACUGCACUACGCCGCUGGCAUUCGUGUGUAUUAUUGAAGACGCUCCGUCCAUGGAGUGUCCAGCAAUCAAUGUCCCCUCUUCUAGGCCUGGUGUGUAACUUUCUCGUGGACUUUUUGUGCCAUCAACGUACGCCAAACUUUAACACUCCGAACACUCAGAUAACUCCGAACUUUUCACAGUAUUUUCCGACCCCAAGAAGAUGUAGUUGUUGACUUGGACGUGGUUGUCAAGGCCGCCGUAGUAACAGACUUUACCUUUCAUCGUAAUGAAAAGUUUACUUAUUUUGGAAACGAUUUGAUUAUACUUGUUUCUCCCGGAAAAGGAAAAAUGAUGCACCACUUCAUAUAGGUCUGUUCCCUUUGGAACAACCAUGCAGAAAAAUCACUACAAAAUAUUAUACGAUUUAAGUCGAGCUGCACUCGACAUUUUUCAAUAUCAAUCCAGGAAAUCGCCAUUGCAACUUCUGUCAAGUUGUCCUUCAUUACAUGAUAGAAAGCAUUAACAAAAAAAGUUCAUUAAAGCUAACGAUUUGAAAGAGAUGAAAAGACUGUCAAUGAAAACGGAGCCGAUUAGGUGAAACGUGUCAUACUCCUAUCCACAGUAAUAAUUUAAUAUUACGCUCUGUUCAAAUCAAACACAAUAUGGGAUUUUCUUGGAUCAUUCGUAAACUGGUUUUUUUCUGGCCAAGUUUGUAAAAAAUUCCUCAGAUUUUGUUGAGAAUUGUCAGCAUUAAACGGUCGUCAACAUUUCA